GAUUAUUCUAAGAGUGGAAACAGAAAGAGAACAGAAAAAUUCGACUCGAAAAUUGAGUUUUUUAUGGAAACAGAAUCAGAGUAACUUUCUCUUUACACUUCUCAACAAAUCAGUUUCUCUAUUGUUUUGGAAAAUCAAUUGUAAUCAUUUGAUUGUAAAUGUGAGUCUAAAAAGAGAAAACAAUCAACUAAUUGUGUCUUUAAUUGAGCGCCUCACAAAAGUGUAACCAUGACGAUCAAAACACUUUGGUCGGCGGCGUCGUUUUCAUCAGGAUUACGGUCUCAUCUUUUAGAGUCAAAACUUGAACUGAUCGGUGUUCCCAUGGAGAGCGGACCUUUAAACGAAAUGGCCAAUCGGCUAAUCAAGUUAAAUAUGUUCCCUUAUUUUGAGGGAAUUCAUGGUUUAUUAUCUGCUCUUUAUGUUCGUCAUGAACUUGGAACUACGGCUCAUCGUUUCUCCCGACGUCACCCUUUCUCUUGUUGGGCAUCCACAAUGUUGGCCUUUUUCGCUGGUACUUUUAUGUCUAAUUUUCUUCUCGCCGAACCUUUGGUCGAACCAAUUAAAUCAACUCAUACUGUUCUUCUCGCCACAAUCACUUGGUACCUUGUAUUUUAUUCACCUUUCGAUCUUGUCUACAAAUUGACAAGUUUAAAACCUUUUUACAUUCUCAUGAACUGUGCCCGUGAAGUGCUUAGAGCCAAAGUGAUCUAUCUUGGUGUUACUCAUUCGGCUCGAGUUUAUCCUGGAAACUUUUUAAUAAUCAUCGCAAUUGGAACCAUCAGAGCAAGUGGAGGUUUCAUCAGACCUUUGGACAGAUUAUUCAGAGGAGUUUGGACACCAAAUGCUAUCGAAAUGCUUAAUCCAUCCUACUCAACUAAAACUGCUCUUCUGGCAUCGAUCAUCUUUACGAUUCACAAACAAACAAGUUUAAUCGACUUAUCAACACCGAUAGUUUACCUUGGAAUUGUUAUCUUGCUUGUUUACCUUGAUUUCUCGUCAUUUACCUUUGGUGCUUAUGAUCCAUUCCGACCAAUAGAAAAUUUAACUUGUUCCUUACUCUUUGGAAAUUCAUCUGAACAAUUGGAACAAUCGAAAAGCCAAAAAAGUGAUACAGAAAAAUCAAAGACUGGAGUAGGAGGAGGAGGUGGAACUGGGGAUAAACUGAAGAGAGGAGACGCCAAGAAGAAGGACUAAAUUCUAUUUUAAUCAUCAUCAGUUUGCUCACGAAAAUCACUGAAUUGCAAUCACAAAUUCAAAUUCUUCCUCAAGAUUUGGUAUCUCCUCAACUGUAGACAAGAAAAAACUGUUGCUCGAAACAACUUUUUGUGUAAUUUGUUCAAAUUCAAACUCAAUCAUGUGUCAGGAUCAUUUUCGAGCUAUAAUAUUCAUUGUGUAUUAUCAAUUCUUUUUCGGUGUGAUAUCAAUCCAAUUUGAUUAUCUUGAAUUGAUAAUUAA